UGUUGUGUCUGCGAGAAAGAUGGCGGACUCAGUAAAGGCUGGUCUCGCAGACGAAAACGAUACUGAAAAUGAGGAUAAGGAGAGGGAGAAACGACUCUUCAGCAGCGUCAAAAAGACGGAGAAACAAGCCGCUGCGUCAGACCUUACAGAAACUCUGGGAUUUUACGAGAGGAAGGCGAAAUGCAAAGAGAGAAAGAGCAAUGUGUCCGAUCUCUCUCUUGUAAGGUUUAUUAGUGCUGAGUUGACUAGAGGAUAUUUUCUGGAACACAAUGAGGCCAAAUACACUGAGCGGAGAGAGAGGGUCUAUACCUGCCUGCGUAUUCCCAAAGAACUGGAGAAGCUGAUGAUGUUUGGGUUUUUCCUGUGUCUGGAUGUGUUUCUGUACGUGUUCACUCUGCUGCCCCUCAGAGUGCUGCUGGCCCUGAUCAGACUGCUGACACUGCCCUGCUGCGGCCUCAGGGCUAGUAUAUGCCCCUACUGCAAAAAGAGCAGUGGAUCUCGUAUCUUGCAGCCUGCUCAGGUGUGUGAUGUUCUGAAGGGUUUCAUCAUGGUUUUGUGUUAUUUCAUGAUGCAUUAUGUGGAUUACUCCAUGAUGUACCACCUGAUCCGGGGUCAGUCUGUCAUAAAACUCUACAUCAUCUACAACAUGCUGGAGGUGGCAGAUCGCUUGUUUUCAUCGUUCGGCCAGGAUAUUCUGGAUGCUUUGUACUGGACUGCCACUGAACCUAAAGAGAAAAAAAGAGCUCAUAUAGGAGUCAUCCCACAUUUCUUCAUGGCUGUUCUCUAUGUCUUUCUACAUGCCAUUCUGAUUAUGGUCCAGGCCACCACUCUGAACGUGGCUUUCAAUUCACACAACAAGUCACUGCUCACCAUUAUGAUGUCCAAUAAUUUUGUUGAGAUCAAAGGAAGUGUAUUCAAGAAAUUUGAGAAAAACAAUCUCUUCCAAAUGUCCAACAGUGACAUUAAAGAAAGAUUUACAAACUAUACACUCUUACUAAUCGUCUGUCUUAGAAACAUGGAGCAGUUCUCCUGGAAUCCAGAUCAUCUAUGGGUAUUGUUUCCUGAUGUAUGUAUGGUGAUCGCCUCAGAGAUAGCAGUGGAUGUUGUCAAACAUGCCUUCAUCACAAAGUUUAAUGACAUUACAGCAGAUGUCUAUAGUGAAUACAGAGCAAGCUUGGCAUUUGAUCUGGUCAGCAGCAGACAGAAGAACGCAUACACAGACUACAGUGACAGUGUGUCUAGGCGGAUGGGCUUCAUUCCUCUUCCUCUUGCUCUACUGUUGAUCCGGGUGGUGACCAGCUCAGUGAAGAUCCAGGGCUCUCUGUCCAUUGUUUGUGUUGUGCUCUUCUACCUGGGUAUGAUCACCCUGAAGGUGCUGAACAGUAUUGUGUUGUUGGGGAAAUCCUGUAUGUAUGUGAAAGAGGCUAAUAUGGAGGAGAAGCUGUUUCAAAAUCCCCCCUCUGCAGCUCCCAGCAGAGUGUCCAGCAGAGCCCACCGUACCAAACACACACGCGAACCACCAGGUGAGCCAGCGGAGGAGGGCAUGUCUGCAUCAGUCACCACUCAACCCACCCAAAGGGAUGAAUGCCCCGCCCCUCAGAUCCCCACCAGCGAAUCAGAUCAGUUCCUCACUACACCAGAUGAAUCAGAAGAGAAAAGCCUUAUUCAGGACGAUACCGAACUUAAACACGGGGCGCCCAAAAAAGACUUGCUGGAGAUUGACCGCUUUACUAUCUGCGGUAACCGUAUCGACUGACAUUAACGCGCACCUUCAAGUUCAAGAGUGAUGCCACGUAUGCACUGAAAUGCCCGUCCUCUCUGCCAGCGUUAUUUGUUUGACAUUUGAACCUGAGCUCGUUGGAAUGGGACAGCGAGAAACUGCAGGAUAUUUAUUAAUAAGCGACGCACCUAAUUUAUUUAAGACUUAAGCACACUUAUACACAGACAAUCACACCAACACACCGUUUUAACCAAUUGGAUUCCACCCAGUGAUGUUUCCACGCUUUCAAGAGGUUCGAGUGGAGGUCACCAUUGGACGGCAGGCAAGAUCUUUGUCACUGUGCUUACCUUUCAAAGGGGGCAUCCAAUUAAGAAAAUGAGAGAAAUGGAUUGAUUGUUUUCCUAAAUUACUUACUCGGAAGAUUACAUGCAUUUAUCCCUUCCCCUCAAAAGACUUUAAGUUUGAAAUAUUACCAUGUUCAU